CCCCUUUAAAAAAAAAAGAAGAGUGCAGGCUGGAAGGAAAAAAAGCAGUGGAGGAGGCCGAAAUCAUAUCGCUUGAUUGGCUUGUCCACAUCACAGCCGCUACCGGGGGCUGUGAAACCCUCAGCUCGGGCCCGACCUGCCACUUGUGACCCGGUUCUGUCGGAGUUAUACGUGGCAGACUAAACGAGCAUGUCCUCCUCAUGAAGCUAAAGUGAGCCUUUUGCCUUUUCUUUUUUUUUUUUUUUUUUUUCUUUUAUUAACCUGCCGCACAGAAGAAACGGGCGAGUCUGUUUCAUACUGGCCAUGGCCCAGGGCACCAGUAUCCAGUAUGAGCCAGUGGCAGAGAUCGGAGGAGGCGCUUAUGGGACCGUUUAUAAGGCCCGAGACACGGAGAGCGGGCAGUUUGUGGCUCUGAAGAGUGUGCGUGUCCAGACGGACCAAAACGGCCUACCGGUAUCCACAGUCAGAGAGGUGGCACUGCUGAGGAGGCUGGAGCAGUUUGACCACCCUAAUGUUGUCAGGCUUAUGGAUGUGUGUGCCACCCAGAGGUCGGACCAGGAGACUAAAGUCACUCUGGUGUUUGAACAUGUGGACCAAGACCUCAGGACGUACCUAGAGAGGGCCCCAGCCCCAGGAUUAUCCCCCAGCCACAUUAAAGACCUGAUGAGGCAGCUGCUGUGUGGUCUUGCAUUCCUUCACUCUAACCGCGUGAUGCACCGAGACCUGAAACCGGAGAAUAUUCUGGUAACCAGCCAAGGUCAGGUGAAGCUGGCUGACUUUGGCCUGGCCAGGAUCUACAGCUGCCACAUGGCCCUCACUCCUGUGGUGGUGACCCUGUGGUACCGACCCCCCGAGGUUCUGCUGCAGUCCAGUUACGCCACACCUGUGGACAUCUGGAGCACCGGCUGCAUCUUCGCUGAGAUGUUCAGACGCAAGCCUUUGUUUUGCGGAGAAUCAGAAGUGGACCAACUUGGGAAAAUUCUUGAAGUUAUUGGCUUGCCACCAGAGGAGGAGUGGCCGACCGAUGUUACACUCUCAAGAACAAACUUCCCCCCUCUCUUACCUGGCCCAAUCACUGACUUUGUUCCAGAGAUAAAUGAGCAGGGGGCACAACUGUUGCUGAAAAUGCUGACCUUUGACCCCUUAAAACGAAUAUCUGCCCUGAAUGCCCUGGAUCAUCCAUAUUUCAAGGACGAGGAGACAUUGACUCAGACAAAAAGCUGAAAUGAUGCAGUGAAACAUGCAGAGAGAGGUAACAGCGUCUAAGUUUAGACCCUGACCUAACCAUAAAGGAUUUCAGUUUUAAUUCAGUGCAUUGCCUUUCAAGACAUCUGGGUUUUGCUUUGGGAUAUAUUUUGUUACUCCUGCAUCAAAAAAGGAUUAAAGUCUGAGAAAUGGAUUUAAAAAAAAAAGAAGAGGAGUGAACUUAAGGAUCACUGGCAUGCUUUCCAACAUGUAAAUGUCACAAUUAAUGAUGUUAACAUGUCAUGUCUUCAAGGACAGUACCAGUGUUUUUGAUGUUUGAUUUUUAUAUCAGUCUUAUCCGCAGGGACUGAUGAACAGAGACGUCUGACAUCUCUGAAAUGUUGCUGUGGUUAUUUUUGUAUAAUGUUUAGACAGAAGGAACUGGAGAUGUCGCCUUUUUGCGUUACAGGCUGAACAGAGUCUGACAGAAGGGACACCUCAGGGUUAGAACAGCCAGUCUUCAGUGAUUUUACUGUAUUUGUAUUAGUAUUUAUCCUAUAAAUGGAACAAAAACACCAUAAGCCUGUGACGGGCAUUAAGCUGUAUGAAAAUCAUGAGGAAACUGAAAAAAUAGUCUGAAGCAGUAAAAGAAAAAUGCACAAGAAAGACACACAUGACAAAAAUACUGGUAUUGCCCUUAAAUACUCUAAUGAAGUGAAAGAAAUUGUUUCUUCAGAGGACUGAAGGGUUCAUUUCAUGUUUAACAUUUUUUGCUAAAACCGCGUGAAAUCAACCAGCAUUGCAACUUCAAAUGGAAAUAAAACAAAAAUACAUUUUACUCACAUUCAGACUUAAUUUGUGUAUUGCCGUACAGAUGGCGGUCCAUAUGAAUACAUAUGAAUAAAUGUGAUCCUAUGAAAAAAGGACUGAAAUAUUGUGGAGAAAAACAAAACAAAACAAAGAACUGUAUUGAAUACUAACAGAAAUUAAAAAAAGACCAAGUAGCCUCAAUAUACUGCUUUUGUCUUCUAAUAUUGACCAAAUAAACUGUAAACCCAUGUGGCUCUCUAAA